AUGGAUCCUAGGUUCAAUGGAGAGUGGAGUGCUUCUGAGAUCCAGAUAGUGAAGUCUCAUAUCGUUGGGCACAACACCAAUUUUUAUGCAAACAACAUGAAAAAGAAGCACACUGACAUUGUGGAUGAGCUCCAAGCAAUAUUUCCACUGAAGGAGAAGCAUCAGGUAACCAACUUGUACGUUGAACUCAUGAUUGAGCUGAUGCAGAGUGGCAACCAGCAUGUAACAUGCAACAACCUCAUGGUUGACAAUUUUGGAAUGCGGCUAGAGGAUCCUUCCAUGGGAAACAUGAAAGUGUUGUCUGAUCCUCUUGCGGAGGAAAUGGAGGCCAUGAGGAAGGAGGUAGAUGUGUCGCAGAGACAGCCCACGCAUCAGAAGGAGAAGCAACAUGCCAUGAGGUUUUGGACCAAAGAGGAACACAGGCAAUUCCUCAAAGGUUUGGAUGCAUACGGUCGAAGCUGGAAGAACAUUUCUAGACACUUCGUUCCCAACAAGACCCCGAUCCAGAUCUGCAGCCAUGCCCAAAAGUAUUUCCGAAGGCUACAAAACCCAAAUAAGAAGCAACGCUAUAGCAUCAAUGACGUCGGCCUCUACGACACCGAGCUUGGGGUGCAGAACAAUGAUUCUGUUUGGGAGGGGUUCACCAUCACUGGCGGUGCCUAUAACCCAAAUCACUAUGGCUCCAACGAUCAACCAGCUGCGAUGAAUCUGGCCCAGGUCACACCACCGCUCCUGCACAUCACUGCCCAAGUGAGCAGCUGCCAGACCGCCACAUUGGCUAAUGGUCCUCCACAACAGAUGGGAUCUAGUAGUUCUCCUGCGGCUCCAUCAAUGGAGGGGUCUGGGAGCAACAUGGGUCGGAUUGGUGAUCAGCAGGAUGAUAUUUUUGCUAAUCAGUUGAUCAUGAAUAUGCACAUGAACUAG